AUGAGUUCCAUCGGCACCGGCUAUGAUCUGUCAGCCUCCACAUUUUCUCCAGAUGGCAGAGUAUUUCAAGUAGAGUAUGCUAUGAAAGCUGUUGAAAACAGCAGUACAGCAAUUGGGAUACGGUGUAAAGAUGGUGUUGUCUUUGGAGUAGAAAAACUAGUUCUGUCUAAACUGUAUGAGGAAGGAUCCAAUAAACGUUUGUUUAAUGUUGAUCGACAUGUCGGAAUGGCAGUGGCAGGUCUCCUUGCUGAUGCUCGAUCUUUGGCUGACAUAGCAAGGGAAGAAGCUUCUAACUUUAGAUCCAACUAUGGUUAUAAUAUUCCACUAAAACAUCUUGCAGAUAGAGUGGCUAUGUAUGUACAUGCCUAUACUCUAUACAGUGCUGUAAGACCUUUUGGCUGCAGCUUUAUGUUGGGUUCCUAUGAUGAUGAUGAGGAUGGUGCUCAGCUUUACAUGAUAGAUCCAUCAGGAGUUUCGUAUGGUUACUGGGGAUGUGCCAUUGGUAAAGCAAGACAGGCUGCCAAGACAGAGAUUGAAAAGCUCCAGAUGAAAGAAAUGACAUGUCGUGAUGCUGUUAAAGAAGUUGCAAAAAUAAUCUACAUAGUCCAUGAUGAAGUAAAAGAUAAAGCCUUUGAACUUGAACUAAGUUGGGUUGGAGAAAUAACUAAAGGAAAACAUGAAAUUGUGCCCAAAGAUGUUAAGGAAGAGGCAGAGAAAUAUGCUAAGGAAUCUUUGAAAGAAGAGGAUGAAUCAGAUGAUGAAAACAUGUAA